GCUAGUGGUCGGCUGGUGAAAGUCCUUUCCACGGGACAGCAGCUGCAGAAUGCAGAAGCAACAAAGCCUCCAGACUUACUCCAGUGCGCCUUCAGAGCCGCUACUUGCAUCUUAGCGGAUCGGGAGAGGAACCAGAAAACUCGAGCGCAUCUUGGACAGGUUGUGCCAAAUCAGCUCGCUGCUGACGCUACAGGAGACCACAACAUGAAAAGCUACGACCUCGAUGUUGAAGUAGAAGCUAGGCAGCUACGAUUAGUCCUCCAAGAUGGUCAAAAUCUGUUAUUGAAUGGUCAUUUUGAUGCACAGCGUGUCAGCCAGGAGCGCGUUGACGGACUUUUCUGCUUUCGAAUUGUGCGUCCCCUGUAUGAGCAGUCGCUUGCCGGUAAGUCUCUAGAGCAGACGUCUGGAGGUUUUCGACCACUGCCACUUCCAGAAGGAAAUGCAAAAGUGCGUGCUCAACUGUCGAAAAUCGCAAUUGAGAACGAUAUUCCUCGAGGCAGAGAUGGAAGCAGAUUUCAAAACAGG